AUGCUCAACACGGAGGCUGAUACUAACGGUAAACGCAGGAUCAACGUGAACGAUCCGGCUCUGAUCUCUCUCGUCAACAAACUCCAAGAUGUCUUCGCAACAGUUGGUGUUCAAAACCCUAUAGAUCUGCCUCAGAUUGUCGUGGUAGGAUCGCAAUCCAGCGGCAAAAGUUCGGUGCUUGAGAAUAUCGUUGGUAGAGACUUUCUGCCCCGUGGCUCGGGCAUCGUAACGCGAAGACCGCUGGUCCUGCAGUUGAUCAACAGACCAGUACCUGCGAAAGGCCUCCAGACCAACGGCGUGACCGAAGACGAGCUGAAAGACUCCAAAGACUCGCAGGCUAACGUCGAUGAGUGGGGCGAGUUCCUGCAUCUCCCCGGCCAGAAAUUCUACGACUUUGACAAGAUCAGAGAUGAGAUUGUCAAGGAUACUGAAGCGAAAGCCGGUCGCAACGUCGGCAUCUCCCCACACCCUAUCAACCUACGCAUAUACUCACCCAACGUCCUCACUCUUACGCUGGUAGAUUUGCCGGGUCUGACCCGCGUUCCGGUUGGCGACCAACCACGGGAUAUUGAGAAACAGAUCAGGGAAAUGGUUUUGAAGUACAUCUCCAAGUCCAACGCUAUCGUUCUCGCCGUCACGGCCGCAAACGUUGAUCUGGCCAACUCCGAUGGCCUGAAGCUGGCAAGAGAAGUGGAUCCCGAGGGGCAACGCACAAUCGGCGUGCUAACAAAGAUCGACUUGAUGGAUACUGGAACCGAUGUCGUGGACAUUCUUGCCGGCAGAAUUAUUCCCCUGAGACUCGGGUACGUUCCCGUUGUCAAUCGCGGCCAGAGAGAUAUUGAGAACAAGAAGCGCAUCGACCUUGCGCUCAAGGCCGAGAAAGAUUUCUUUGAGAAUCACGCCUCAUACCGGAACAAAGCCUCUUACUGUGGCACCCCUUACCUUGCUCGCAAGCUCAACCUGAUCCUCAUGAUGCACAUCAAACAGACUCUCCCGGAUAUCAAAACUCGUAUCUCAAGCUCAUUGAAGAAGUACUCAGAAGAGCUCGACCAGCUCGGUGCAGGCGAUCUUCUCGGAAACAGUGGAAACAUCGUUCUCAACAUCAUCACCGAGUUCUCCAACGAGUAUCGCACAGUCUUGGAUGGAAACAGCCAAGAAUUGUCAAGCAAUGAACUUUCCGGUGGUGCUCGCAUUUCGUUUGUCUUUCAUGAGCUCUAUUCCAACGGUAUCAAGGCCGUUGAUCCAUUUGAGCAAGUCAAAGACAUUGACAUUCGGACCAUCCUAUACAACUCCUCCGGUUCAUCACCCGCGCUGUUUGUUGGCACAACAGCCUUCGAACUGAUUGUCAAGCAGCAAAUCAAGCGCCUUGAAGAACCAUCUCUGAAGUGUGUAUCUCUCGUCUACGACGAACUUGCCCGCAUUCUCGGCCAGUUACUCGGGAAGCAGCUGUUCAGACGUUAUCCUCAACUCAAGGACAAGUUCCAGCAGGUUGUCGUCGCCUUCUUCCGGAAAGCUAUGGAGCCCACAAACAAGUUAGUGAGGGACCUUGUCUCGAUGGAAGCGUGCUAUAUCAAUACUGGACACCCUGACUUCCUCAACGGCCACCGUGCUAUGGCCGUUGUCAAUGACCGACACACCCAGGCCAAGCCUACACAGGUGGAUCCCAAGACCGGCAAGCCCCUUCCUCCAUCCGUCCCACCUCGAGCCAACUCACCAUCGCUCCCAACGGAUGGUAGCGAUCCUGGCAACAGCGGCUUCUUUGGCUCUUUCUUUGCGAGCAAAAACAAGAAGAAGAUGGCCGCCAUGGAACCUCCCCCACCAACCCUCAAAGCCAGUGGCACGCUUUCCGAACGCGAAAACCAGGAAGUUGAAGUCAUCAAGCUGCUUAUCAACUCGUACUUCAACAUUGUGCGGCGAACAAUGAUCGAUAUGGUACCGAAGGCUAUCAUGUUAACCCUCGUGCAAUGGACCAAGGACGAAAUGCAGCGCGAGCUCCUCGAACAAAUGUACAGGACUCAAGAACUUGAUGAACUCCUCAAAGAAAGCGACUAUACCAUCCGGCGGAGGAAGGAGUGCCAGCAGAUGGUGGAAAGCCUCAGUAAAGCCAGCGAGAUUGUCAGUCAAGUACAGUAA